AUGGCUCACGCCCGGGGCGGCCAUUACGCACAUCCUGGCUUUGCCCCAAAUAGCGAAAUCAUCGCGCACCGACUCAGAUACCAAGGAUCAGGCCCCUUGGGGAUUAGAGACCACUUGAACAGGGCGCAAUUCGGGCAAAUCAAUUCCAUCUCAGUACCCGACUACCCUUGUCCAACGAGCCUUCCAUGCCCCACGAGCCUCCCGAUGCCGAUGAGUCUGCCACUUCCACAAGUCCAGAACUGGUCUACUACCAUGCCGCCAACUUCAUACUCGGUGCAAGCUCCUACCACCAUGCCAUCAAGUUCAUACUCGAUGCAAGCUCCUACUACCAUGCCAACAACUUCAUACUCGAUGCAAGCUCCUUCCGUGGCACCCGAAGCCCACAUGACUUUCAAUUUCUGGUCAUAUCAAGACCAAAUUGAACAACAAGUCCAACAAGUCCAACAAGUCCAAGAACAAGUUCAACAACAUGUUCAACAACAACAACAACAGCCUUCUUUUCCCUCGAAUAUGUUUCCCAUGAAUCCAGAUGGGACAAACGCUUCUUGGCCGGGCAGCGUACGGAACCUUUGA